AUGCACAGCCUCAUUGCGCAUUCGCUACCGCCGGCCAAAUCACAGUCGGCAAUGGACAAGGGACGCAGCCAAGGCCGGCCUAGCCAAGACGACCCGGCGUCGUCCCUCAAGCUCUCGGCGUACGACCAAGCCUCGCAAUCCGGUCGAGGAGUCCAGUGGCCGUCUGCAUCGCCGCCCUCACUCGGCAACUCGGCCGCUUCUGCCGACCAUAGUCCCCAGGGCAGCACUGUGGGCCAGAGAGUGCCGCCCAGAAUGCCAGCACGCCACGGCGUGUCGGGGCGGCGCACCGUGUCGACGAGGAGGGCAGGUUCCCUUGAAGUCAUCACUGAGGUCCCGUCGUGGGAGGAGGGAGACGAUACCGGCGAGGAGAAGCGAUUGCUCUCGCAAAAACAAGAGGCUCUCCCAGCUGGCGGCUGCUGGUCGUGGCUAUGCGCCAAAGGCAAACAGGCACUGAGACUCCGACAUCCACGACCAGCCAAGCCUCUCGACUCCAACUCUCGAGAAGCCAACAUCCCAGCUCGGACCAGGCAAACGCAGAGGCCCGAGGCACCGCAAGAAUUUUCCCCUAGACCACGGCGGUUCUCCAAGCCACUGAGCCCUGCAGGGUCUCGUCAAGAGCCCACCGGGAAAGGAGCGCUGCCUGCUCGUCAGCCAAAUACCUCCAUGAAUUCCAUGCCGGGUCCGGGCCUGAGACGGAGCAAUGGUCGGCGCGGGCGUUGUCGAGCGCCGUUUACUAGGGAUGAGUCGGAAAGGGCGCGCCAGACGGCAGACGGCGAGAUACAGCAGAUGAACCAUGAAACCUACGCCGGCAUUAAUUGGCAGCAUCCGUUCCUGGGGCUCUAG